AUGUUUAUUCCCCCACCCCAGAAGAUUCAAACCGACGUCUUGGCGGACAUUAUCGAAUGGGCGAAGAAGGAGAAGCGGAUAUUUUUGAAGCGCAGUUUGGAGACAAGGCUCGUCGACUCAGUGCUGGACGCAAAACAGCGCAAGCCCGCGCUCGCUCUUAUUGAGACCCUCCUCACUGAGCUCAAGCGGUUAGACGUCAAUCUACUGGGGACUCGCGGCACUGGCAUCUUCACGGAGGGCCGCGAAUGA